AUGCCGCCCUCGACCCAAGCCCUGUCCGCGGAGGCGGCCGCCCAGCCGCCUAGCAGCGACCCGCAGCGCGCCCGCAAGCGUCCCAAGAUCCGCCGCACGACUUUCGCAUGCGCCCGCUGCCACCGCCGCAAGAUCAAGUGCGACGGCCUGAAGCCCGCCUGCUCCAAUUGCGUCCAGGCGAAGCAGCCCUGCAACGGCAUCCUCGAUGGCGAGUCCAAGACGGUCAUCCCCCGCAGCAUCGCCCAAUACCUGCAGGAGAAGAUCCGCGAAAAGGAGCAGCUCCUGCGCAAGCUGGGCGUAGACACCGACUCAGACAGCGCGCCGACAGCCCUCAGCCUGAACCCGGGCAACGAGGGCCUGGUCGCCACCUCGCCCCCGCUCGGCGAGUCGCAGCCCGCCGACACCCACCAGCCGCGUUUCGACCUCGCCUCUGAGACCGCCCGCAGCUUCAGCACCGGCUUGAGCAAACAGCUGCUGGUCUCGCAGGUGCGCUUCCCGUCCGGCACCUUUCUCUUUGCCUCGUCGCACCUGCCCUCGGUGACGCCCGUGUCCGCCGACCCCGAGUCCCGCAGCGACUACUUCAAGUCCAAAAAUGGCUCCAACCCUCUCGAGCAGAUUCCCAGAGACGUCACCGAGCGCCUCGUCCGAAACUACGUCGAGAGGAUAUCGCCGCUCUAUCCAUACUACGACCGACAGGAACUGUGGACGCGGUACAACAGGGUUACAAACGCCCAGCAGCUUGGGGACAACUCGGCCACCCAGCAUGACCUGUUCGUCGUGUCCAUGAUGAUCGCCAUCAGCAUCAUGACGUCCAAGUUCAGCGACUCGGCCAAAAUCGCCCUUUCCAGCGAACGCAUCUUCCAGCACGCCCUCAGUCAUUCCGACGCGCUCUACCAAAGCUCCUUCCGCAGCCUGCAGGGCACUCUGCUGCUGAUCCAAUACUCGUAUCUCAUGCCUCGGGCCGCAAGCUUAUGGGACAUUGUUGGUUUGGCCAUGAGAAUGGCGUUGGAGCUGGGCCUUCAUCGGGACCCCGAGGAGCUUCCGGGCCACAGCCUCACCGAGCCGGAGAUGGAGCUUCGCCGGUGUGUCUUCUGGGUCCUCUACAUCUUCGACCGGUCCAUUUGCGCCACCAGCCACCGCCGCCUCGGCAUCGCCGACGAGUCGAUAUCGACCAGAUAUCCGAGCGGCAUGGACGGGACGUACUUCCUGCACAACAUCCACUUCCGGCGCAUCCAGUCGGAGCUUUGGACGGUGAAUUACCUCCGCCGUGGCUUACCCCUGCUCAAAGACGAGGGGAGCUACGAAAUCUGGGCCGAAGGCAUGGAGCAGCGCAUGUGGGCCUGGCGGAACGGAGUAACGACCAACAAGUCCAACAGUCCGGAGUGGCACGACAUUGCCGUUUGGCACGGCUUCGUCUUUCUCCAUCGGCCGUGUCCCCGGAAUCCCUUCCCGCCCGCGAAAGCCUUGAUCAAGUGCUUCAAGGCUGCGACCGAGGUGGCUGCAGGCUAUUGGGAGAACGCUCAUAGCGGAUUCCUCAAGUAUAGUUGGCACGCCGUGCAUCACGGGUUCGAGGCUGCUAUUGCCAUGCUGUACGCCAUCAGACACUGCAAGGAAGAACUGAAAGAGCGCCACGGCACGCGAAAGAUCCUAGAGACGGUCCAUCUCUUCUCCUCUCUGUUCGUACUCAUGAGCGAACGCUGGUCCCAGGCUCGCGCGAGUCUGGAGUCAUACGAGCGAUGCAAGGCGAUAGUGAUGCGCGAGCUAAUGCGGCCGGGACUCGCGCCGGCUCCGGCGGAGAACGACGAGCUGGACCGCAUGCUUCUGCCGCAGCAGGCUCAAGCAGAGAAAGUCGGUCAGGUCAAGAAGGAGGGCGGGAGCGAAAGCAGCACACCGGCCUCAGGUACGCCGUCAUCGGAUCCGCCCUCGCGCCUGCAGCGGAAACGGUCCUACAUACAGCAACAGCAACUCGAGGAGGCUGCAAUGAAUGCUGUCACGGGCGUGGCCAAGCCACUGACCAUCUUGCCCCCGUCGCCAUCCCCGCUUCUGAAGCACAGUGCGAGUUACGGGUCAGAACCUGCUCCAGCUGCAGGCCCUCCGUUUCAUCCGCCCAGCCUCCCGAAGCACUCUUCAAUGCCGGCAGCGCCAUCAGCACCUUCGUCACAGAUGCCGUGGUCGGUGCCCCAACUAAAUCACCCACAGCAGCAGCAGCAGCAGCAGCAGCAGCAAGCCAUGUUCAAUGCCAACCAGAUGCCAGGGGCGGAAGAACAGAAUCUGUACCAAAGUUAUGAGAUGUGGAAUACGCAAGGCCAGGGACCAACGAAUAUGCAAAUGGACUGGGAAGAGAUGGUGGUCCAGCCGGAUCAGAAUGGCGUCGACGGGAUGAUGCUUUGGUCAAUGUGA